UACAAUGAUCUUCCCAUCAGCUCUCCCACGGAUCGCACCUGCAUUGACCCCACGCCACCCCCAAGCACCCCCUUCGACCACCUCUGUCGGGAUGGUCCUCUCCCAGCCCUCCAGGAGGCACUGUCCACAGAUCCCUUGAGCCCAGCCUUUCUGCAUCGAGCCCUUACUCACGCUCUCCGGGCAGGCAAUCUCGAAACAGCCGGGUAUCUCAUCACGAGCGGAGCCCCGAUCCUUCAACGCACCCCGAUCAGCAUCUUCGACGGUCCAGAAGACCGGCGCCUUCCACUGUUUGAUCUUCUCAGCCGCCGCGGAUGGCACCCCCACGCCCACCGUCCCGUAGACCGGAUCGUAUUGAGUCGGGUGGUCAAGGAUGCCCCUGUGCUGGAAUGGUUUCUUGCCCACGGGUUCAAUUCAAACGACGUGGGUCCGACCAUGGGAGCACAAGGGCUGACUCCCCUCGAACUGGCCGCCAGCUACGGGAAUCUCGAAACCGUCCGCCUGCUUCUCGACGCGGGCGCAAAUAUCCAAGAGGGCGCCCCGCUACACUGCGCGGCAGGCAGAUGUCCCUCUGGCUGGAAUCCACAUGUUUACCCAGACCACAAGAUACAGAACGAAGACUCCGACCGGGCUCAGAUCCCAGUCAUGGAGUUGCUGCUUGAGCGCGGAGCGAACGUGAACGCAGCGGAGGAGACACAGCACAUGACGCAUCGGUAUGCCAUUGUCUAUGCGGUUGUGGCGGGUGCAAGACACCGGGUGCGGUGGCUGCUGGCGAACGGGGCAGAUCCGGACUUGAGAGGGCCAUUUGGAAGUGCGCGGGAGAAUGCGCAGAGAACUGGGAGGCAGGACUUG